UAUUGAAUUUUGAUUGAAGCUCGAUCAGAGGAGUGAAACUAGUCAGAAUGAUGUGGAAGCGAUGGAUUGUUGUCUUUCUGUGUAUACAAUGUGUUUCAGCACAGACAGCAGACCCAAUGGGGGGCAUCGAUUUAGAUUCCUUACUAGCAGAAAUUAACGGUUUCUCCCCUGGUACACAAGGUGCCUCAGGCCAGACCGUCCCAGGAAAUUUAGGAUCCGCCGUAGCAGACAUUCCUGGAUCAACAGGAACAGGUACCUUAGAUCAUGUAGAUUUGGAACGAGCCAUCUCUUCGCAAACCGGAGGUUCCACAAGUGCUCUAGAUCUAGAAGGUGCCAUUAAUGACAUCACUAAAGAGCUACAACAGAACCUAGCAGCUAAUCCGGGUCUGCAGGGACUUAUUGGGGGAGGUAGCGGAGAUUUCAGUAACAUAGACGCCCUCCUGAAUUCAUUCGGAAGUGAGACUGUUACUUCCGGCGGAAAUACCAUUGAAGGCCUACCAACAGAUGCCAGUCCUUCUUUCGGUUCGUCUGAUUUGUUUGGAUCUUCUGCAGGAAAUAUUGCUGAUAUCCCAUCAUUCCCUUCGAAAUCAGUUGGCGUAGCGUCCAACAGUGGUGGCCGAAAAUCUGUCUCUUCGAAAUCUGUGACUAAAACACCGAAGAGAAAUGCUCAGCAGAGUGUUCCAGAACUUUCUCUUCCUAACUUAAAUGAUUUAUCUUUUGAUCCUUCCCCAGAGACACCCCUUAAAGAAAUCACUAAACCACAACGUGACCCCUUAAGAACACAAGCAGUAAACCAACAACAGAUAUUAUCACAAACCAUGGGGACCUUGCCUUCUACAUUAACAGAGGACCCCGUAUUUUCACAAUUCAGCAAUGCCGCCUUCGCUCGUAAUGUGCCACCCGUCGCCACGCAGCUGCAGGAGCUCAACAGCGGUCCAGAUAAUACAAACUUAUUUUCACUUCCUGACACACGUGGCACAGGACGAACUACUUUUGGUCAAAAUUUUCAACCGAAUGUUGCCAAAUUGCAAGAUCUCAGUAACAGAUUUGCUUCAUCUGCCACACCAAGACAACAGUCACCAGGGCUCCAGAAUACUAAGCUAGAAGGCCUGUCAGCUUCGGAGCUGCGGCGCGCACUUUCUGAGGUAAAUAAAGAAAUUGACAGACUAUCUGUACCCUUGCAGAACAAAAGACAAACAUCUGGGAGAGAAAAUGUCAAUGACCAGACAGCUGAUAUAAAUCCUAGACGUAGGGGUUCUACUUCUCCAAUCGGAUUUCAACCAAAUUUUAAUGCCGGGCUUCCUGGAACAACAGGUUUUGAAUCUGCAUCAACUUUAGGUUCUUCUUUAGCAAAUGCAUUUGAGCUAUCACAAUCAGAAAAUCCCUCGGCGGGUUCUAUCCCAAGUAUCGUGGGGACAGCAACAGCUCCUUCUGAAUCCGUUGGUUCAGCCGGACCCGAAUCAGAGCAGUUCGUGACCGCCGCUCGUCCUCAGAUAAAUCCUCUUAACGCCCUUCAAAACGUCGGAGGGGGAGCAAUACCAUUUGGGGCGCCAUCCUUUGGAUUCUCACCCAAUAUUGGAAAUCCAUUUGUGGGUCUUCCUCCAAGAGGCGGAGUUUUACCUGGUCAGAUUGCUCCUAAUCUCUUACAGAAUCAAGUGCUGCCAGGAAUUGGUCAACCAAUUCGACAGCCAGAUUUUACCAAUACAAAUCGUUUGGAAAGAGGACCCAUUCCAGGGGAGAAUAGAGAGCUGCGGUCAAGCCUGCCUAACCUUAUCUUUGAACCACCCAAUAAUGGAUCUCCAAAUAGAGGCAGAUUCGAACCUCCCAACCGUGGAUCACCGGACAGAAACAGAUUCAGUGAGAGUGUUAGAUCAAAUGACAACCGAGGACAAAUAAUUCGCGGCGGUCGAGAGGAAAAUUUUCGUAAUACACCCCAAAGAAGCACUAGAGACAGGUCCCCAGAUAGAAGGAUGAGGGGGAAUAGGCCCCAAGACAGGGAUGUCAACAGUAUACUGAGCUCUAUCAGACGACAAAGAUCACGUGACUCAAAUUUGAUAAGGAGACCUCCAAGUAAUCGUGGAAGGGUUUCGUUCCCUGGUUUUUCGGAUAGAGAAGCAAGAGUACGUCAAAAUAGCAGGUCAAUACGACAACGCCGACCUCUUGUGCCAGAACGAGGCAGAUUUUUCAGUGACAGGCACAGGUCUUUUUCAAGACCCAGAGAAAGCCAUCGGAUUUCCCGGCAUUUCCGGGGCUUCCGUCCCAGUUUUAUUCUGUAGAAAUAUAGUUUCUACUAAAAACAAUCAAAUAGGGUGUGUGUGAGUGAAAAUGGGGAGUUUUUUAACGAUGUGUUUAUUUUUAUAUGAGUUUUUCAAAAAUAUAUAUAUUUAUUCUAAGAAUAAAUGUUCUUUAUUUAA